UGACGGUCAUGUGACUCAGCUCCAGCUCACUUCCGACUCUGCGUGGAAGAGGAAAAAAGUUGCACGUCAGGAGUAGAAAAAAGUUUUUAAAAAGCCUAAGCACAUUAUCAGAGGAUAAACGAGGUCUGUGAUCGGGGUAAAUGCUCGGGAUGUCCGCCAACAAUGUGUCCUAUAAUGACCAGGGAGGCUCGGUGGAGUCCGGGGUGGACGCGGCGCAGGAGAACAGCAACAUCCCGGCGAGCAUCAGCGGAGGAGCGGCCGCUUUCAGCCUCUUCAGCGCUGACUACAAGAAGAAUGAAGAUCUGAAGGAGAUGCUGGAAAGCAACAAAGAGUCUUUAAAGCUGGAGGCCAUGAAGAGGGUUGUGGGGCUCAUUGCCAAUGGAAAGAAUGCAUCCGAGCUUUUUCCAGCUGUGGUGAAGAAUGUUGCAAGCAAAAACAUUGAGAAUAUAAUCACCCCCAAUGUGAGGAAGCCCUUGUAA